AUGAAGACCGCAGCAUACAUCGGAACAGUCCUCCUCGGUGCAGGGCACGUCCUCGCCAACAACCCCAUCUCCGGCAGCGACUUUACCAACAACAAUGGCCUCGCCGCCGCCCAGGCCGCCGCGCCGAUGUGGUACAUGGCCUCGGGGACGUGCAUGCCCUCUGCCGCUGAGGACGGCCAGGGCCACCAGACGAACGGUGUGGACCCGGACAACUGCAACAUCAAUAAGCUGGGCCACGGCUGCCCGCCGCAGCCGCAGUGGCAGGGCACAAACACCUUUUACGGCAACGUCGCCGGGGAACCGUUUGGCACGAUCCCAACGUACUGGAAGGUUGCGCAGUGCGGCAGCACCCGGAAGAUCAUCUACUACGUGUACUUUAAGAAGGACACGGGUCAUAAGAGCGACUGGGAGGGCAUUGUGGUGACGUUUCGCAACAAUGGCCGCGAUCAGUGGAUUCGCGACUCGGUGACGAUGGAGCAAGACGGCAACCACAAGACCAUCGGCUGGGGCGACAUCAACGACACGUUUGACAGCAACAACGACUGGCAAAACUUCCAGCAAAAGAACCGCGACCACGGCAAGUUCUACUUCGGCAAGUGGCACCACUCGGUGCACCAGGACUGGCACACGACCACGUUCAAGAACACGUGCCCGCCGACGUCCAACGACGACUUCCGCAACGGCGACUACCAGUUCUGGGCGAGGAACAACCUGCGCCACGUGUCGGUGCUGGACCCGAACUGGAAAUGGGGCAAAGCGACGUCGCCUGCCAACAUUGACAUUUGCUCGUAUUAG